AUGCACGAGCCAAUAGCAACGAAGACACGUCUAGGUUGGAUUGUUCAUGGAGGUGGGGAAACUGUAGAUGCUGUUGUGAGUCACCACCGCCAUAGUGUUCAACCGUGCCCAUGCAGCGAGCGGUCCGAUGAGAUGUUGCAGCAAGCCGUUCGUGACUACUUUUCAUUGGACAGUUUAGGGAUCUACAAGCCAGAAAAGCUUCUAGUGUCAUUUGAAGAGAAGCGCGCGCAAGAAAUUCUGCAGUCAGUUGUCCAGACAAACAGUGGUCGGUACGAGGUUGGUCUCUUGUGGAAAUUUAACGAAGUUCGCUUCCCAAACAGCAAACCUACAGCAUUGCGUCGUUUCCACUGCUUGGAGGCGAGAAUGAAGAAGCAGCCAGAGGUAGCAGAAGUUUUGCGGGCAAAAAUUGAAGACUAUCGGCGAAAGGGGUACAUCAGGAAGCUUUCCCAAGAAGAGCUGCGCACUUCCAAUGAGCGGGUAUGGUAUCUUCCGCUAUUCCCAGUGUUCAACCCGAAUAAACCAGGGAAAGAAGAUUUACUAACUCCUCUCGAUUACGUACUCUAUCGGUUCCGGGAAUUCUGGGUGGGGCUCAGUGGUGACGUGAAGGAGAUGUACUUGCAGGUACUAAUGACCAAGAAAGAUCAGCAUUGCCUUAGAGUACUGUGGAGCGACGGAUCUUCAAAUGAACCAGACGUUUACGUGACGCAAGUGAUGCCGUUCGGUACUAGUUGUUCACCAAGCUGUGCGCAGUUUGUGAAAAACAUGAAUGCGCGCAAAUUUGAAGCCAAAUUUCCUGCAGCCGCACAAGCCAUCAUCAAACAGCAUUAUGUGGAUGCUAUGCUGGUAAGCGUCGAGACAGAACAGGAAGCUAUCCAGCUUGCCAAAGAUGUGAAAUUCGUGCAUGGGCAAGCUGGAUUUGACAUGCGAAACUGGAUUUCCAAUUCGCCGAGCGUAGUGGAGCCGAUGAAGGAAGAGAAGACCGUCGAGAAGAGCUUGAACCUCGCAGUAGAGCUGGGAACAGAGAAGGUUCUGGGCAUGUGGUGGUGCACGCUUACCGAUACGUUCACCUACAAGCUCUCGUCAAAGCACGAUCGGGAUCUACUCGAGCGCCAACGGAAACUGACGAAACGGGAAGUUCUACGGACGCUAAUGGCUGUUUUCGAUCCUCUUGGGUUAAUAUCGAACGUCCUCAUCUACCUCAAGGUUUUGUUUCAAGAGAUUUGGCGAGCUGGCAUUGGUUGGGACGACGUGAUACCAGAAAGUCUCAGUGAAAAGUGGGAGAAAUGGUUGGAGAUCCUACCAAAAGUCCAGGAUGUCAGGCUACCACGCUGCUAUCGCUCCCUGACGCAACUAGAUUCGCAAACAAACAUCCAAUUGCACACUUUCGUAGACGCUAGUCUCUCAGGUUACGCAGCUGUCGUAUAUCUACGCUUCGAGCAAGAAAAAACAGUGGAAUGUGCUAUAGUCGGUGCUAAGACACGUGUGGCUCCCCUCAAAUUUGUAUCCAUUCCGAGGUUGGAGUUACAGGCCGCAGUCAUUGGAGUCAGGUUGGCAGAUAGAAUCAUGCAGUCGCUGUCGUUCAAGGUUCAUCAGCGGUUCUUCUGGACUGACUCUCGCGACGUGUUGUGUUGGAUUCGGUCAGAUCAUCGGCGGUAUUCGCAAUUCGUUGCAUUCCGCAUCAGCGAAAUUCUGGAAACAACAGAGGCAGCAGAUUGGGGACACAAGCGGUCGAGAGAAAAUGUCGCGGAUGACGCUACGAAAUGGCGGAGAGUGCCAGACCUAACCGAGAACAGUAGAUGGUUCAAGGGACCCAGCUUCAUAUGGGAACUACACAGCAGCUGGUCAUCCAACCCGUAUCUAGAGGAAACUACCGACGAAGAACUACGAGCGAAUCUCUUCUUCCACCAGGCACAACCUGCUCCAGUGAUAAACGUUCAAGAUUAUUCAUCAUGGAAGCGCUUGUUGCGCGCAACCGCUACGGCAUUGAGGGCCGCAAACAACAUUCAGCGUAAUGCGGAUAGCAAGGAACACAUUACUGGACUAUUGUCCGCUGAGGAACUUCAAGAAGCCACUGUCUACCUGUAUCAACUGGCUCAAGCGGAGACCUUUCCGGAUGAGAUAGGAGUGCUCAGCGCAGGACCCAGAAAGAAGGCAUUGCCAAAAUCAAGUACAAUCUACACAUUCAACCCGUUCCUGGAUGAGCAGAAGGUAUUACGGAUGCAUGGCAGAAUCAGUGCUUGCGAAUACGCUUCGAUGGAUGCAAAAAAUCCUAUUAUUCUUCCAAAAGAUCACCACGUUACGUGGCUGAUUGUUCAGGAUCGUCACGAACGCUAUCACCAUCAAAAUCACUCAACUGUCGUAAACGAGUUGCGGCAAACCUUCCGUAUACCAAAAAUUAGGCGACUGUUCCAGCGGGUCAGAACGAAUUGUCAGGAGUGCAAAAUCAAAAGAGCUGCUCCACGUCCGCCUCUGAUGGGCGAUCUUCCUGCGGCAAGGCUGGCGGCUUUCACUAGACCAUUCUCGUUCAUUGGCAUCGAUUAUUUCGGGCCUAUGUUAGUGGUGAUAGGCCGUCGAACUGAAAAGCGGUGGAGGGUGCUAAUAACAUGCUUGACUAUACGGGCGGUACAUAUAGAAAUCGCACAUUCGCUCGACGCGAAUUCGUGCAUUAUGGCAUUGAGAAAUUUCAUGGCACGGCGGGGCGUACCAAUACAAAUCUUUUCCGAUCGUGGUACCAACUUCACAGCGGCGAGCAAAGAGGUAAAGGCGGCACAGAAUGAACUCGAGGCGGCACUCAAAUCACCAGUCCAGAGACGGAAUGGACAUUCCUACCUCCGGCGUCCCCUCAUAUGGGAGGAGCCUGGGAAAGGCUGA